UACCUGCACAUCUACUGCUCUGUUCAUCUGUGUUUGUACCGUUUUUCCAUAUUCAACCCCCAUCUACGCAGCAACCAUGACCCAGCUAGAGACAGCCAUGGCCAUGCUGAUGAAGACCUUUGAUACAUAUGCUGCUGGCGAGGGCAGUAAGGACACCCUAAGCAAAGCCGAGGUCAAGACCUUGCUGGAGAAGGAGCUGCCUGGACUGCUGAAGUCGGCGAAGAACCCAGGCGAGGUUGACAAGCUGUUCAAAAGUCUGGAUUUUAAUGGAGACUCAGAGGUGGACUUCAGUGAAUUCGUGGUGAUGGUAGCUGCUCUCACAUGCGCCUGCCACGACCGCGGCUCCAAGAAGUGAGCCCUGUGGCGUGGCCCGGAAAACCGCCAUGGCCGUUUCUUCUAAUCUAAUCUAUGACUGGUUUCUGUAACAACUGAAUAAAGCGAUUUAUUUACCUGUG